CCUCGCCUCUCCUCCUCCUAUAUGAUACUCGGCCACCCCAUUUUUCCCGUGUCCUUCUCUCGUUAAGCAAACGCUCGUCAGAAGCUCGUCGACCUUUCACCAAGCAACAUGGCGGAAGUCUACGUCUUCGGCGAUCAAACCGCCGACGUGCGGUCCUUCUUCAACAAGGUCUUCUCGCGGAAAGAUGAUGUCUUGCUACAGUCCUUCCUCGAGAGAGCUGGUGAAGCGGUCCGAACAGAAAACAAAUACAGAUCCCAUCCUUCAAAAGCAGUCCCUAAUUUCACCACCAUUCAAGAACUCGUCGAUCGUUACUUCAAACAAGAGGCCAAAGACGCCGCUAUUGAGAGUGCUCUGGUUUGCAUUGCUCAAUUCACUCAUUUUAUCGGUGCUUUCGAAGAGAGAGUGCCAUCAUAUAUUCAGCCUAAUGCAGACGUGAAAUUGGUUGGUCUGUGUACUGGCCUCCUCGCCGCCGUCGCUAUUGCCUCGGCCGACUCCCUGACCGCCCUCAUCCCAUUGGCCGUUGAAACUGUCCGAAUCGCAUUCAGAGCUGGUGCUCAUGUCGGCAAGGUUGCACUGCAGAUCGAAGGAGACUCGAAAUCACAGUCCUGGUCAACAAUCGUCGCCGCUGACGAGAAAUCUGCCCAAGCAGCUCUCGACCAGUUUCACCAAGAAAAAGGGACAUCCCCGACCAACAAACUUUGGAUCAGUGCUUCCUCAGCAAGCUCCGUGACCAUUAGCGGUCCUCCUUCCACGAAGGUGUCUCUUUUCGAAGAUUCUGAAUUCUACCGCUCUCACAAGAGCGUCUCUGUACCAAUAUUCGCCCCUUAUCAUGCGUCCCAUCUGCAUUCCUCCUCCGACCUGGAGAAGAUUCUUCGCCCACAGACAAAGGCAAUCUUCGAGUACGCCACAGCUCGAUUCCCAGUCUGCUCCAGUGUUUCCGGCAAGCCUUAUACUGGCAAGAACGGCUACGAGCUUCUCCAGGAAGCUUUGAAGGAAGUCAUUAUCGAGCCCUUCCGAUGGGACAGGGUCCUCAAAUACACUGCGGCAAGCAAGGCUGCAGAGGCCAAGGUCUUUGCAGUUGGUGUCACAAAUCUAGCUAGCAGUGUUGUUUCUGCUCUCAAGGCCUCGAUUCCCAAAGUCUCCCUAGAGGAUGCUUCCCACUGGUCUGUCGUUGCUCCAGCAGGAACCCAGCACUCGAAGAAAGAAGCAGACAUUGCGAUUGUCGGCUACUCCGGCCGCUUCCCAGACGCUGCUGAUCACGAGCUCUUCUGGCAACUGCUCGAGAAGGGACUGGACGUGCACCGACCCGUUCCAGCGGACAGAUUUCCCGUCGACUCUCACGUUGAUCCUACAUCUAAGAAGAAGAACACCUCCCAUACUCCCUUUGGCAACUUCAUCGAACGGCCUGGUUUGUUCGAUGCCCGCUUCUUCAACAUGUCCCCACGAGAAGCCGCUCAGACAGAUCCCAUGCAACGUCUGGUGUUGGCAACUAGUUACGAAGCCAUGGAAAUGGGAGGUAUCGUGCCUGGCAGAACACCUUCAACCAAGCAUGACAGAAUCGGUACCUUCUACGGCCAGACCUCUGAUGAUUGGCGUGAAGUGAACGCCGCCCAGGACAUCGACACAUACUUCAUUUCCGGAGGUGUCAGAGCGUUCGGUCCAGGUCGCAUCAAUUACUUCUUCAAGUUCAGCGGCCCCAGCUUCUCUGUUGAUACCGCCUGUUCCUCAAGUUUUGCUGCCAUCAACGUAGCCAUCACUUCUCUUCGUGCAGGCGAGUGCGAUACCGCAUUCACUGGUGGUGCCAAUGUUCUUACCAACUCUGACAUUUUCUCCGGUUUGAGCAGGGGCCAUUUCCUCUCUAGAACCGGGUCUUGCAAAACUUGGGACAAUGAUGCCGAUGGUUACUGCCGUGGUGAUGGCGUCUGCACUGUCAUCAUGAAACGCAUGGAAGAUGCUGUGGCCGAUCGUGACCCAAUCCUUGGUGUCAUCCGUGGCAUCGGUACCAACCAUUCAGCAGAGGCCGUAUCCAUCACCCAUCCAUGUGCUGAGAAUCAGUCGUUUUUGUUCGACAAGGUCCUGAAGGAGUGCAACGUUCACUGCAACAAUGUCGACUAUGUUGAAAUGCACGGGACUGGUACUCAAGCUGGUGACGGUAUCGAGAUGGAAUCCGUGACUUCUGUGUUUGCACCCCGAACUCCACGCAGACGUCCUGAUCAGCCCCUGUAUGUUGGUGCAGUCAAAUCUAACAUUGGUCACGGUGAAGCCGUCUCCGGUGUCUGCGCCUUGAUCAAGGUGAUUCUGAUGCUCCAGAAGAGCAAGAUCCCCCCUCACACGGGUAUCAAGAAGCAAAUCAACAAGAAUUUUGCUCCAGAUUUAAAGGAUCGCAAUGUGAACAUUGCUUUCCAGACCACUCCGUUCCUGCGACCCGCAGGUGGCAAGCGGACAGUCUUCAUCAACAACUUCAGUGCUGCUGGCGGCAAUACUGCCAUGUUGCUGCAAGAUGGCCCAGAAGUUCCGACUCAGCCCUCAACCGAUGCUCGGUCGACCCAGGUUGUGACAGUGUCGGCAAAGUCUUUGGGUGCAUUCAAAAAGACUCUUCAAAAAUACGAAGACUAUCUCAAUACCCAUCCCGAGACUGGUUUGGCGGACCUUGCGUACACCUUGACGGCUCGAAGGCAGCACUACAACUACCGAGGUGCUUUCCCCGUUCAAAGCAUUGCUCAGCUGCAAGCCUCGCUGAAGACAUUCCAAGAGCAGACUCACAACCCAAUUCCCCUAGCGACUCCACAGAUCGCAAUGGCGUUCACGGGACAAGGCUCUCAGUACACUGCCAUGGGCAAGAAGCUGUUUGAGACAUCGAAGCAAUUCCGAGAUGAUGUCUUGGAGUUUAACGACAUUGCUCUUCGACAAGGGCUCCCAUCGAUCUUGCCAUUGAUUGAUGGUACCGUUGAGGUCCAACACUUGCCUCCAACAGUCGUCCAGCUCGGCAUGUGCUGCAUUCAGAUUGCCCUUACUCGUCUCUGGGCCACAUGGGGCAUCACACCGAGUGUAGUCAUUGGCCAUUCCUUGGGUGAAUAUGCUGCUUUGCAGGCCGCCGGUGUUCUAUCCAUUGCUGAUACCAUUUACUUGGUGGGCAUGCGAGCACAACUCCUUGAGCGCAAGUGCACCGCAGGAACCCAUGCCAUGCUUGCAGUUCGAUCUCCAGUGGCUGGCUUGCAAGACGUCAUUGCCAACAGCAACGGCAAAAUUGAGAUUGCUUGCAUCAACGGCGUUUCAGACACCGUCCUAUCUGGCACUAUGGGCGAUAUCGACGUGGUCGCUCAGAAGCUUGCGGAUGCUGGUCAGAAGUGCACCAAGCUCAAGCUUCCUUUUGCUUUCCACUCAUCACAAGUUGAUCCAAUCUUGUCCGAGUUCGAAAAGCUGGCUUCGUCGAUCAAGUAUCACCCUCCAAGAGUACCCGUCAUUUCACCCCUGUUGAGCGAUGUCGUCAGCGUUGGAGGAGUCUUUGACGCAUUCUACCUCAGCCGCCACUGUCGCAAGACUGUCGACUUUGUCGGGGGUCUUUCCGCCGGCAUGUCUACUGCCACAAUCAGCGACACUUCACUCUGGCUCGAGGUUGGUGGUCACCCGCUCUGUGCUAGCAUGAUCAAGUCUUGCCUGUCAGCCCCGACACUUCCUACUAUGCGCCGUGAUGAAGACCCCUGGAAGAUCAUCUCUACUUCCCUCGCAGGGUUGUACACUGCUGGCAAGGCCAUCAACUGGGAUGCCUUCCACAAGGAGAACGAGACGCUUCGUGUGUUGAACGAAUUGCCAUGCUAUGGAUUCGAUGAGAAGAACUACUGGCUACAGUAUAGUGGAGACUGGCUUCUCUACAAGGGAGAUUACCCCAAGGUUGCUGCACCUGCUCAGAUUACUGCCGCUCCUACUGCAUCCUCCCAGCCAAGGAAGUAUCUGUCCACUGCUGUUCAAGGAAUCGUUUCCGAGAAGAUCAAGGGCAAUACUCUAACCAUUGUUGCGGAGUCUGAUUUCGCUCACCCCAAGCUGUUCCCGGUCAUUGCUGGCCAUCUGAUCAAUGGCAAUGGCAUGUGCCCAUCGACUCUUUACGCUGAUAUCGCACUCACCCUGGUUGACUAUGGUGUCAACAUCCUGAAACCUGGUCACAAGGUCCACGCCAACAUCGGAUCCAUGGAAAACCCCAACGUACUGCUCUUGAAGAACCCUAAGGUGCCUGAGAGUCAAAUCUUCACCAUCAACAUGAAGAUUGAUCUCGAUGCCAACAAGGCUGAUUUCCGCAUCUACACCGUCAAUGGCAAGAAGGAAAUCACUCAUGCCCAGAGUGUCUUGACGUUCGAAGAUCCCAACGUGUGGAAGGCAGAAUGGGCAAAGACAUCCUACCUCAUUCAAUCGCGAAUUGACCUUCUCAAGCACAAGAUGGAGAACGGGGAAGCCGACAAAGUCAGCAACAAGAUGGCGUACAAGCUGUUCUCAGCCCUGGUCGACUAUUCAGAGACAUACAGAGGUAUGCAAAGUGUCGUUUUUGAUGGGCCAGAAUUUGAGGCUACAAGCAACAUCCGGUUCAAGGCCAGCCCCAAUGAUGGCGACUUCUUUUUCAACCCAUACUUGAUCGACAGUGCUUGCCAUCUGUCCGGAUUCACAGUCAACGCAACCGUCAAUCCUCAAGACGAGUGCUACAUCAGCCAUGGCUGGAGCAAUCUCCGAUUCUUGGAACCAUUGAAGUAUGACAAGCCUUAUCAUGCAUAUGUCAAGAUGCAGCCUGUUCCUGGCGGCAAAAUGAGACAAGGCGAUGUCUACAUCUUCAACGAGAAUAAGGAAGUGGUUGGUGUCGGUGGUGGCAUUCGCUUCCAGUGCAUUCCUCGCAAAUUGAUGAGUGUGCUUGUGCCUGCACCCAAAUCAUCUGGCGCCGUCACCAACGGUACUUCGGCACCAGCUGCCGCGAAAGCCGUGAGCCCAGUCUCAGCUCCAGUUGCUCAUGCUCCCACCCCAGUCGCUGCUCCAGCACCAAAGGCGCCGAAAGCGAAGAAGCCUGCCAAAGCCCCCAAGGUCAAGGCACCUUCUCCACCGAAGGCUUCAAGUGGUAGCUUGGUCACCAAAGCCUUCGAUAUCAUCGCCAAGGAAAUCGAUGUUGACCAGUCCGAGCUCAACGACGACAUCCAAUGGGCUGACAUGGGUGUGGACAGUCUGAUGUCUCUGACUAUUUCCGGCAAGUUCCGAGAGGAUCUUGAUCUUGAAGUGGAGAGCACACUUUUCACUGACUACGCAUCUGUGGGCGAGCUUCGCAAACACCUGGGUGGUCUUUCGCCAGCGGACGUUGGCGGUGGUGAUGCCAGCUCUGUCGAAUCCACUGAUUCCGACUCGGAAAGUGACGAGGAGUCUGUGGAAUCUGGAAUCACGACACCAGAGACUGAGGAUUUCCCUGUCAAGUCUCAGCAAUCCAAGUCUGCGGCAGUUGAAGCCAUCGCACAAGCUCCUAGCGCGGGUGCCCCUGCUGGGGAUAUGAUCGAGACCAUUCGAGUGGUUAUUGCCCAAGAAAUGGACAUGGAUCUAGAAGAGAUCACUGACACGACCGAUCUCAGCAACUUGGGAAUGGAUUCCUUGAUGGCCUUGACUGUGCUCGGCAAGCUUCGCGAGGAGCACGAAAUUGACCUCGAUCCCACGAUCCUUGCAGACAAUCCAUCUCUGGGACAUUUGCGAACUGCUCUGGGCCUGGACAAGCCAAAGCCCAAGGCUGCCCCUGCGCCUGCUCCGGUGGCUGCUCCUGCUGCUGCGCCAGCACCAAAGGCCGCGGCGCCAACCACAUUCGUGGCUCAAACGACAGUGGCUCCUGCAGCCCCCCCUGUUCAGGUGGUGGUACAAAUGCCUCCUGCUACAUCCGUCCUUCUCCAAGGCAACCCCAAGACGGCCACCAAGAACCUUUUCCUCUUCCCUGACGGAUCUGGAUCAGCGACAUCGUAUGUUUCCAUUCCUGCCAUUGACAGCAGAAACUUGGCUGUGUAUGGACUGAACUGCCCCUUCAUGAAGGACCCUACGAGCUACACAUGUGGCAUCGAAGGGGUGUCCAAGCUCUACCUUGAAGAGGUGAUGCGUCGACAGCCAAUUGGACCCUAUGUCUUGGGCGGUUGGUCUGCUGGUGGUGUGGUGGCAUACGAGGUGACGAGACAAUUGAGCGAUCUUGCCAAGAUCUACCCCGACAAGAACUACUACGUCGAGAAGUUGGUAUUGAUCGACUCUCCAUGCCCGAUCAGACUGGAGCCCCUGCCAGCUCGCCUUCAUCACUUUUUCGAUGAGAUAGGAUUGUUGGGAACUGGAACAGGCAAGACACCCAACUGGCUUCUGCCCCAUUUCGAGUACAGCAUCAAGGCAUUGACUGCCUACCGACCAGAGCUCAAGUCAACACACGAUUUCAAGGCACCACCAACGCUCCUGAUCUGGGCGACGGACGGUGUGUGCGGAGGGCCCAAUGACCCACGACCACCCCCACAAGCGGAUGAUCCAAAGAGCAUGAAAUGGCUGUUGGAGAACCGCACCGACUUUGGACCCAAUGGUUGGGACAAACUCUUGAGCCCUGAGGUGUGCAAGAUGGUAACCAUCAAGGGCAAUCACUUUACAAUGAUGAAGCCUCCAGUGGCCAAGGGCGUUGGACAAUACAUCCGAGAAGCUCUUUUGUGAAGGGCGACAACGAGUGAGCAAGAUUUGUGAAUAGAGGGCAUGGAAACAAUUGGGUUAUAGAGGUGCUUGAAUUGGUGAAGAGUCGCGAGUCAACCCCUUGGUAUAUAUGUGACAAGGGGGUUUGAAGCGGUUUCUUUCGAGUUUGCUGGGCAUUUUCAAAGCGUUUUGUGACUAGAUGCGUUUGGACGGGGACCUCGUGGCGAGUCUCCUACAAAUUGUACUACUGUUACUCGGUGGGAUGGGGGCGUUUUGCGUGGCCUUGAAGUAACCAAGGUUCGCGCAUCAAAGAUUGAGACGGUUCUUGCAGGCGACGAGGGAUGUCUAUUGGCACCCAACCUCUUGAAUGUUAUUGAUAGCUAUCAUUUCCACAUUUGUACGAAUCCAUUGUUUGAAGAUA